AUGGAGCCUGCCGAGGGGCCGGGCCCCGGCGGCGGCCAUGCCCACCCGCACGGCCUCUCCAAGCUCACGGCCGGCACCCGCAAGCUGGCAGCGAGGCUGGGCAUCAAGAAGGACAAGGAGCGCGGCAGCGGCAGUCCAAGGCAGUCAACCUCGCCCGCUGGCGGCAGUCCAAGGCAGCUGCCGGGCUCUCCCGCCACCACCGCCGCCUCCUCCCCCGGCGGCGGCUGGGUCACCGUCGCCCCGCCCUCCCCCCUGGGCACCCCGCUGCCAGACGCGGCCCCGCGUGGCGCGCCGCUGACACCGGCCACGCCUGCGGUGGCAGCUGUGGCGCCACAGCUGGUUGCAGCCUCUCCCCUGGAAGCAGGCCUCGCAGCUCCCGCCUCCCCCAGCCCACUGCACCAAGGCAUGGCAUCCGCCCACCUGCCGCCCGAGGCGGGCCGCCCAGAGAGCCCCGGCAGGCAAGUCGCCCGCGCCCAGCUGCCGCUCCCUGCCGCUCCCUGCAUCAGGCAAUCCAGGACAGACCUGGAGUCGGCUCGCGAGCGCCUGGCCCGCCUGCGCUCUGCGGCGGAGCGCGCCGCUCACGUGGGGGUGCCCAUCGGCGGCGCGCCGGUGCCAGGCCACCACCGUCCCGGCCGGCUGACGGCACGCGCAGAGCAGGAGGCAGAGCCCCCUGGCGCCGCUGCUCCCAGGGAGGCCCCGACUGCUGCCGGCGCGGCCCCCAGCGCCGAGGCGCCGCUGCGGCAGCAGCAGGAGCAGGCGAGGCGCCACGUUGAGGCGGCACCCUACGCCCCAGCCCCUGCUGCCGCCGGCGAGCCUGCCAGCCCGCCCGCACCGGCAGCGACCCCGCCAGCUGCGGCGCGCGAGGCGGCGGCAGCUGAGAUGCGGGAGGAGGAGGGGCUGGCUCUGUUCAAGCCAGCCAGCGAUGAGUCGCGGCGCGGCCGCCUGGCUACAGCUGUCGCCAUGGCAUCGCCCUACCUGGCGCCGCCCCAGACCGGAGCUCCCUCGCCGGCAGAGCAGGCAGCGGCCGCCGCGCAGCCCUUCGCGGCGCCGCCAGAUGGGUGGGAGGCAGCAGCCGAGCGCCCGGUGGCGGCUGUGGGCGGUACCACCGGCCUGACCCACGUCGGCGGCAGGGCCGACCUAACUGCUGCCCACCUGCGUGCGCGCCCAGCUGCUGCGGCGGAGGAAGAGGCAGCAGAGCCUGGCAGGCCAGCGAGCGGCACAGCGGCAGCGGAGGAGGCGCCUGCCGCUGAGGCUGAGGAGCGGGAGCGCCCCCUGUCUCCCACAGACGUGCAGCAGGGGCGGGCGCUGGCUGCCGCCGACGUGGCAGCAGGCCCCAAGGCGGCAGCAGACACGGCCGCCGCCGCUGCUCCAGCUGCCGCCAGCCGAGGGGGUGCCGAGCCGGAGCCCGAGCCCGAGCCCGAGGCAGAGGCGGAGGCAGAGCCGCCGCUGAGCAGGCGGGAGGAGCAGCGUCCUUCUGGCGCCGCCAUUGCCAGUCCGCUGGCAGAGGCGGGGCAGCAGGAGCCGGCGCAGCAGGUCGAGGCCAGGGGUAGCGGCAGCGGCGGGCGUGAGGAAUACAUCAUGGGGCCUGCUCACCAGGAGCGCCAGCCCGCCGGCCCUCAGCCCGCGCCGUCAGAGCCGCUGCUGCCUGCGGGCGCCUUCAACCAGGACCAAGACAUCAGCGUGUACAGCCCGCGCGACCCCAUUGCCUAUGAGAAGAGGGACUCUGUUGUGAGCAAGGCUCUGGAGGUGCUGCCGCCCGGCCCAGCUGCCACCCUGGAGGCGCAGACGGAGGAGGAAGUGGAGCUGGCGCAGUUUGCUGCGGGGGCCUCGCCUGAGAGGCUGGAGAUGGGCCCGUUUGGGGCGCAGGUGGACUCCAGUGUGUUCACUCCCGAGGGGCGCGUGGAGCCCGGGCCUGGGGUCCCGGUCGCGCUUGACCGCCGCACCGAGAGCGAGGCAGUGGUGGUGGAAGAGCUUGCAGAGCAGAUGCAGGCUGCUGGGGGGGCAGGCCAGGUUGGGGAAAGCGCUGCCAGCGGCGAGCCAUCGACCCCAGCACCCCGCCACGGCCGCUACCCCGCCGGCAGCGAAGGCCCCGAGCCGCCUGCCUCGCCGGGCGAGCCUCUGGCUGCUUCCGAGGCUGAGACACCUGGCAGGGCGGGAGGCAGGGAGGAGCGGCAGGUGGUCCUGCCAUCUGAUGCUGAGCUGCAGGAGGCUCUCGAGUCUGCGGUGGUGCCAGGGCAGCAGCCCGAAGAAGAGGGCAGUCAGGCGGCCGCAGCCACAGAGGGGGAGGCAGCGGAGGUGGAGCGGCGCAAGGUGGAGGCCGCAGAGGUGCCUUUCACUCCCGUUGUGGCAGCUGCCGCGGAGGCUGCUGUCAGCAAGGCAGCAGAGGCUGGCGCAGCUGCCAAGGAGACGACAGCUGCUGGGGUGGAGAAGGCAGCCCAGGCCGCGACAGCAGCCAAGGAGGCGGCAACCGGCGCUGCUGCUGGCGCUGCUGAGAAGGUGGCCAGCGCAGCGGCAGCUGCCAGGGUGACUGCGGAGAGGGUUGGACAGGCAGUCAGCAGCGCAGCUGCAGCUGCAGUGGAAAAGACUUCCGGCGCUGCCCAGGCAGCCAAGGACGCUACAGCCACGACUGCAGCCGCCGCUGCCGACAAGGCAGCGGCGGCAAAGGAUGCAGCUGUGGAGGGCACUGCUGGGGCAGCCGAGGUCACGAAAGACACUGCACUCGAGGCAGCGAGCGGCGCGGCAGAGGCAGCCGAGGCCCCACUGGCUGGCAUGGGAACAGAGGAGGCCAGCAGGGAGGGUGUGGAGAGCGGGGCCGCCGAAGCGGUGCCUGAGAUACAGCCUGAGCCUGAGGGUGGCGCCGAGCAGGCCGAGGAGGCUGACAAGCACGGUGGCGGGAUGGCUUCCAGCCUGCUGGGUGUCGCGGCGAGCGCUGUGCAUGCUGUGCAGGAGCAGCUGCACAAUAUGCUGGAGCAUGGCCGCCAGUUGGCAGCAGAGCAGGAUGCCGGCGCCGCAGAUGUGGCAGCCGGCGGCGGCAGCCUGGCUGGCGGCAGCGUGGAGGGUGAGCGGGAGGAGGAACGCGAGGGAGAGGGAGAGGGAGAGGUUCAAGAGCGUUUUGGCGAGGGCGGCCGGCGCUCACCGGUGCUGCCGGUGCCACCUGCGCCCCAGCAGCCGACCAUGAAGGAGGCUGUGGAGCAGGAGCCAGCUGUCAGCACCAGCCUGCUGCAGACUCUGGAGGGGGCGGAGGAGCCUUCCGUCUCUGCCAGCGCACCCGCCGAGGCAGGCAAGAGCCCCGAGCCGCCCGCCCGCAGCCCCGGGCCGUCCAGGGUGCUGCCGGUAGCGGUGACGGAGGCAGGCAAGCCGGCUGCAGCAGAGGCAGCCCGCCAGUCGCUGGCUGUGGAUGCCAGCCUGGCUGCAGAGCAGGAGGUGCCCGAGGUGGGCGCUGCUGAGGUGGCAGGUGAUGAGCUGGCAGGCGCUGAGCUGGCGCAGCCAGAGUCCCUGGAUGCCACCGCGGAGUACCUGGAGCAGCGGGAGGCGGCCAGGGGGGUCCAGGGCCUGCAGGGCCAGGCGGAGGCAGAGGGCGAGGAGCGGCGGGAGGGAGGCAGGAUGCAGCUCAAGGACCUUUCUGGACUGGAGGCGGUGACCAGCCCCCGAGCCGCCGCUGCCGGUGCGGGCGCAGGCGCCGGGGUGGGCGCCGAGGGGGGCGCCCGCCUGGCGGCAGGCUCUCGCGAUGAGCUGGCAUCUGAGCUGUCAGCCUGGUUUGAGGCCGAGGCGGAGCAGGCCGGCAGGGCAGGCGCUCACGCUCGGCCGCCAGGAGCCGGCCAACGGGUGGGUGGCGCCGGGGGUGCUGCAGGUGGCGUGGUGGAGGAAGGUGGGGAGGCGCUGGAGGAGUUUGUGGAAGACCUUGGGCACUAUGGGCACAAGAAGGACGAGCCCCUGCAGCAUACUGAGGCGGCCAGGCCCAGCGACGAGGCCGCUGCCGCAGAGGCGCAGGCGCCCGCCGCUCCCGAGGAGCCUCUGGCUUCCCAGUACAGUAUCGGCGGGCUGAGGGAGCCGCCGCCCUCCCCGACCGUCUCGACCUCUCCCGUGUCUGGCGGGGCGGGCGAUUUUGGCGCUGCCGCAACGCCAGGCGGGCAGGCCCCUGAGGCUGGGACCAGCGCUGCCGGUGGCGGCGGCCCCGGCAAGGUUGCAAGCAGGGGCCCCAGUCGCCUGCAGACGAGCACCACCUUUGGUAGCAGCGUGGCCGGCGAGGAUGUGCCUCCGGUCGGGAGCGCCGUGGAGUGGGUGAGGAUGCACCCUGUGCUGGCGGCGGGGGCAGCGGUCGCGAUCCCGCUGGUGUGGAUGGCUCUCAACAGAGCUGCCACCGCAGCGCUCGGCGACUUUGGCCCCGUGCUGCUCCUGAGUGGCGCCAUCGCUGCCGCCGCCACCGCCAUCGCGUGGCUGGUGCGGUGGGCUGGCGUGCCCGAGAGCGAGCUGGACAUGAUCCAGCAGCAGGCCGCUGCCGCUGCGCAGCUGCCUGGCACCGGCGCCGCUGCCGACACCGCCGGGGCGGGCGCUAAGGAGGAGGAGGCGGCGGCUCUGAUGGAACCUUCGGAGCCUGUCAGCGCAGAGAGCAUCGAGGACUUCCAAGAGGCCGGCGGCGGCGGCCACAGGGGCCUGCUGCAGGCUGCACGUGAGACUGUGGAGGAGGCGACCGAGGGCGCGCUGGCGGCUGUCCAGCCGGGCGGCGAGCAAGUGGGGGAGGUGGUGCAAGAGACGGAGUCUGGGGGCGAGGAGGCGGCGGGGGAGGACCCAGUGGCCUCAGCGCUGCAUGCCGUGGCGGGAGUGGCCAGGGCCGCUGUGCACGGCGUGGAGUCGCUGGCUGACAAGGCCUACCACGUGCUAUCCAAGGAGGCCCCCGGUGCGGACAUAGGCGGGCAGGGCGCGCCGCUCAAGGGCAUUGCUGAGGGUGAGGGCGAGACCCGCGCAGAGGGCAGCGGCGUGCGCGAGAUGGCGCCUGCGCCGCCAGACCAGGCGCCCCACCCGCCGCCGCCGCCCACCUCUCGCCGCGGGCAGGAGGCGGUGAAUGAGACUGGGUAUGAGUCUGACUCGGAGGGGCCUGGGCCUGUGCUGGAGGGCGUGCACCCCGCGCACCAUCCGCCCGCCAGGCAGCGCCGCGGCGGCAGGGACGCCAGCGCGGCUGUGGUGGCGCGGGAGCAGGCGGCGACCUCUCACAGGCAUGCCCAGGAGGAUGCCGCGGUGGAGGCUGAGGGGGGCGAGGGCCAGGCUGUGGAGCCUACCAUUGGUGGCGAGGCCCACCCAGGCCUGCUGACCAGGGCUGCAGAGGCCGGCGGCCAAAUGGCGUCCAGGGCUGCAGGGUCCGUGAAGCACGCCGCCGCCAAGGCCACAGGCACCGCCGAGGAGCAGCAGGCCCCCGGCGAGAGGCUGGAGGAGCUGCAGCGCAGCAUUGCGCAGAUGGAGAGGGAGCGGGCGGGGGAUGUGGAGUUUCAGAGAGCCAGCAAGGAGCUGGGUAUGUAG